UUGGCUUGGCACUCAGAAAGGUUCUUUUCCUCCAACCCGAAUCAGAAAUGCUCCUGUUUUGCUUUUUUUCUCUCUCUCUCUCUCUUUAUUAAAUUCUCUCUGUUCCUCUUUCUUCCAUUUCACAAGCAAGAAGAGAUGGGGAGAGGCAAGAUGGAGAUCAAGAGAAUAGAGAACUUAAGCAACAGGCAGAUGACCUACACAAAGAGGAGGAAAGGGAUAAUUAAGAAGGCUACGGAGAUCAGUGUUCUUUGUGAUGCUAAAGUUUCGCUUGUUAUCUUUAGCAGCUCAGGAAAGAUGCAGGCCUACUGCAGCCCUUCAACUUCGCUGAUUAACAUCUUGGACAAGUACCACAAGUGUUCCGGGAAGAGGUUGUGGGAUCCCAAGCAUGAGAAUCUCAGCAAUGAAAUUGAUAGAAUCAAGAAAGAGAACGACAACAUGCAGAUUGAGCUCAGGCACUUGAAGGGGGAGGAUAUCACAUCAUUGAACCCUAAAGAGCUCAUGCCCCUCGAGGAAGCCCUUGAAAAUGGCCUCAGCAGUAUCCGCGAGAGGCUGAUGGACCACUGGAUGAUGACUAAGAAAAAUGUCAAGAUCUUGGAGGAGGAGAAUAAGGAACUUAAUUUCGUUCUGUGCCAAAAGGAGAUGGCCAUGGAAGCAGCAAGCAGAGACGUGGAUGAUGAUUAUGAGCAGAGGGUGAGGGACUACAAUUCUCAAAUGCAUUUGGCUUUCCGUGUGCAGCCUAUUCAGCCAAAUCUACAACAGAGGAUGUAAUAGUACUACUACGUACCGUCGAUGGUGUCGCUAAACUACUGUUAGCUUAAUUGCUGUCUUGAAAAAUAACUUAAUUUCCGCUGUCUAGUACUGUAUUAUGCAAGUAAUACUCAAACCUCUGAUAAACAGUGUCCUUGUUUCAUCUUAUAUAUUGUGCUAUACCCUGAGACUAUAUAUAUAUUAUGUCUUCGUGUUA